UUGACUGCCCAACUUAAUCAUGAACGUGAUUCAAAAAUGUUAAUAAAUAAACCAAGACCAUGGGGAAUUCAUAUGCUGGGCAACUGAAAUCUGCUCGAUUUGAGGAAGCUCUCCACAACUCCAUAGAAGCCUCUCUCCGGUGUAGUAGUGUGGUACCACGGCCAAUAUUUUCCCAGCUGUACUUGGACACUGACCAGCAUCCUUUCUCAUCUGCAGAUGUCAAACCCAAGGUGGAGGAUCUGGAUAAAGAUUUGGUACACCGCUACACUCAAAAUGGAAGUCUGGAUUUUUCUAACAAUCUAACAGUUAAUGAGAUGGAAGAUGACGAAGAUGAUGAAGAAAUGUCUGAUUCAAACAGCCCACCAAUUCCCUAUUCACAAAAACCUGCCCCAGAAGGAUCUUGCACUACAGAUGGUUUUUGUCAAGCAGGAAAGGAUUUGCGAUUGGUAUCACUGUGUAUGGAACAAAUCGACAUCCCAGCAGGAUUCCUCCUGGUAGGGGCCAAGUCUCCCAAUCUUCCUGAACACAUCCUAGUUUGUGCUGUAGACAAGCGAUUUCUACCAGAUGAUCAUGGAAAAAAUGCACUUUUAGGGUUUUCUGGAAACUGUAUCGGCUGUGGAGAAAGAGGAUUUCGGUAUUUCACAGAAUUUUCCAAUCACAUUAACUUGAAACUCACCACCCAGCCAAAGAAGCAGAAGCACUUAAAGUACUACCUAGUCAGAAGCUCCCAGGGUGUACUGUCGAAGGGACCUCUUAUCUGCUGGAAAGAAUGUAGAAGCCGACAGUCCUCUGCUUCUUGCCAGUCUAUUAAACCAAACUCUUCAGUGUCAUCAACUGUGACCCCAGAAAAUGGGACAACUAAUGGAUACAAAUCAGGAUUCACUCAGACAGGUAUGAGGUUUUUCCACAUGGUAGCUCAGGUCCAUGAUGGACACAUUGGUGGUAGGGACAUAAAAGUCCAUGCCAAUGAGCUUCCUGUUUUCUAUGGCCUUGGCGAUGCUGGUAGAUGCAGGGAUGAUGUUCUGGAGAAUCCUGUGGCUGUUGCACCAAAGCUUCCCAGAGAGGCCGUCCAUGGUCUUCUGGGUGGCAGUGAUGGCAUGGACAGUGGUCCUGAGUCCCUCCACGAUGCUAAAGUUGUCACGGAUGACCUUGGCCAGAGUGAAGAUGCUGGUGGACUCCACAGCACAAUCAGUGCCAGCAUCACCCCAUUUGAUUUUUGUGGGAUCUCACUCAUGGAAGAUGGUGAUGGGGUUUCCAUUGAUGAUAAGCUUCUUGUUCUCAGCCUUGACAGUGCCAUGGAAUUUGCCAUGGGUGGAGUCCUACUGGAAUAUGUAGACCAUGUAGUUGAAGUCAAUGAAGGGGUUGUUGAUGGCAACAGUAUCCACUUUGCUAGAGUUCAAAGCAGCCCUGAUGACCAG